UCGGCCGAGGGCGCCAGAAUCGCGCGCAGCCCGAGCGUCGGUAGACCCCGCGGCGCGUCAUCGCUUCCUGAGACUGACAUUACUCUCACUCACUCGCUCCUCUGUGGAAAAACUCGGCGUCAGUCAGUGUUUGCGGAGAGGAAACUUUCUUCCUUUGACGGCGCGCAGUCGACGAGAUUUGCAGCUUUCCCAAGCACACACCGCUCCAUCUGUUUGGAUUACUGGCAUCCGCGACUCCAAAAACAUAAUCCGCAAAGCUUUUCGGAAGGUGGAUUUGUGCGUGACAACUGUAUUCAAGUGCGCGCGGUUUCCGGAAAUAUCCUCGUUUUGCUGUAUCUCGCACAAGAGCACAGUUUGCGGAUUUUUCUUCUUUACGGCGUUCAACCCCGUGAACUCGCUUUAAAUCUCACAUUGGUUUAAUUCGUCUUAAAUGUCAGCACCAGCAUGAAGAUACGCACAUAAGAGUGGAGAUUUUCCCUGAUGAAAGGAGUCGAGCGUUCAGCUCUAGUUCACUAGGGUCACUUCCGGAUGAUGACAGUAAACAUGGAUGGCGGUCUCCAAAAUGGACCCGGACAGCACAAGAACUCACAAGAUGAUGAAGAGGCGCUCACCUCCAUAAUGAAGGACCUGGCAGCUUUACGCUUCUGUUGCCAGCUCAAGAGUAACAACAGCAACAAGCCCAAGAGCAGAACCCCGUCCUACAGACAGGAUUUACGGGUGAAGCUGGAGCAUGAGCGAGAGAAACGAAUCAUUCCGUUCCAAAGGCCGCUGAAGUUCAAGGAUCUGCUUCAGAAGGUGACAGAGGCCUUCGGUCAGCAAAUGGACCUAUACUACACUGAUAAAGAGAUGUUGGUGGCUCUGAAGUGUCAGGAGGAUUUGGACCGAGCAGUUCAGGGAUUGAGCUCCAGCUCUGGAAUGAACAACCUACUGAGAGUGAUUCUGAAAACACCUCCCAACAACCAAUUCCUUCAGGUGAGCGGCCAAGACAAGCAGAGCGAGAUGAGGUCAUCCAGGUCCCUGGGAGAUCUCAAAGCCUCGGUUCUCAAAGGCUCUGAACGAGUGCGCAAACACUCUGCAGGAUCUCUGAACACGGGCCGCACCUCACCCCCUCCGGGCAGCGUACCAGAAGAACAACAGCAGAUCGCUCGGCAGGGGUCCUACACCAGCAUCCACAGUGAAGGAGAGUUCAUCCCAGAAACGCUCGACUCCAAUAUUAUGGAGCCAUUUGGGAGUGCGAAUGGGUCACUUUCCAGCAGCUGUCAGUCACUGGACCAAGCACUGGACAGCCCGCCAUUCUCCCAGAACAACCGGGACAACAAUUACCUGAACCUCAACUAUGAAUACAAAGGGCGUCAAGGGAAACACGGGACCUUCCCACGCCAGUUCCACAUGUCCAGUCGCAGUAAAGACUAUGGUGACGGUCGAAGGACCUUCCCUCGAAGCUUUAUGCCUCAAGAGAACCUGUUUCAGCUGGUCCCAUCCAGCCGUACACGCAGCUAUAAUGGAGAAAGCACCAUGCUGUACAGUGGAGAUCUGCACUCCAUCAGCUGGACUGAGAAAAACAGCCAACGCAACACUCCUAAAUCCCCAAGGGCUCCUGUAAACUGGCGUCAGGGGAAACUGCUCGGUCGGGGAGCGUUCGGAGAGGUCUACCUCUGCUAUGAUGUUGACACGGGACGCGAGCUGGCGGCCAAGCAGGUGCCCUUUGACCCUGACUGUCAGGAGACCAGCAAGGAAGUGAAUGCACUGGAGUGUGAGAUCCAGCUCUUGAAGAAUCUGUGUCACGACCGUAUCGUGCAGUACUACGGCUGCUUGCGUGAUCCGGUGCAGAAAAAGCUGUCCAUCUUUGUGGAAUUCAUGCCCGGGGGCUCUAUUAAAGACCAGCUGAAGGCAUACGGAGCACUGACUGAAAAAGUGACCCGCAGAUACACCCGACAGAUCCUACAGGGAGUCCACUAUUUGCACAGCAACAUGAUCGUACACAGAGACAUCAAAGGCGCUAACAUUUUGAGGGACUCCUCUGGAAAUGUGAAGCUGGGAGAUUUUGGGGCUAGCAAGCGCAUUCAGACCAUCUGCAUGUCCGGGACGGGAAUCAAAUCGGUCACCGGCACCCCCUACUGGAUGAGCCCGGAAGUCAUUAAUGGAGAAGGCUACGGACGCAAAGCAGAUAUUUGGAGUGUUGCCUGCACGGUUGUAGAGAUGCUAACCCAGAAGCCCCCGUGGGCUGAAUAUGAAGCAAUGGCAGCCAUUUUCAAGAUCGCAACCCAGCCGACUAAGCCAAACCUGCCCGAGGGUGUGUCCGACGCAUGCAGGGACUUCCUGUGGCAGAUCUUUGUGGAAGAGAAAUGGCGGCCCACUGCCGAGAGGCUUCUCAGCCACCCUUUUGUCCAGGGCAGCUUCUGAUCCUACAGAUCUCUCUGGAAUCCCCAGGGAAAACCACACACCUGCCCGACGCAGACAAUCAUCACUCUGCCUUCCAGGGUCUGGAGAAACCCACCAACCAGCCAACUAAAAACAAACGUGACCACAACGAGGGGGUGUGUAUCUCCCUAACGCAGCUCGACAAAUAUCAUGGACAGCAAAACGCUGAUAGCGCUUCCCGUAUUGUUAAUCAGAGUCAGAGCCCUGUCCCAAAUGAUGCACUUCAUUUCAUGAACGUCAUUUCAUGAGCUACACCCCUUUUGCUAAAUAGAGCCUUUUUACAUUUUCAGGGCUCUCAGGAGCAGAAGUUAGGUAAACUUCUACAGCAAAUAUAAUUUGGCAUUCCCAUUAGCUCCAAAAGGAAAAAAAUCCAUGAUAGCAUUUCCACAACUUUCCAAAAGAGGAAAAAUAAAAUGGAGAGAUUAAUUAUAGCAGUCAGAAGAGAGAAUGAUGUCAAAUGUCAGCAGUGUUAACUAUUAUUUUGUAAUUUACUGUCAAGGUAAUAUAACACAAAUCAUAGCACUAUAAAUACAUAUUAAAUAUUAAAAAAAAAAAAAAGAAAAUAUGACAAACUUAUUGGGCACACUAUUACCCAACAUUCUUGUGACAAACUGUAUAAACUUUUAAAGGGCAGUGAGAGCUGAGAGUGGUUGGUGACAACCCAAAUCUAUUAAUUUAUCCAAAGAUAAAUGUAAAUGAAUUCAGUACAACUGUUCUUAUAAUUAAGCCUCAUUAAAAUAAUUAAAUGUUGGGAAAACAACAACUUAAGUAGUUUGGCAUAGUAUAGAAUUAUUAAUGGUUAAAAAUAAUAAAUAGUUUCAAAAUGUUAUGUGGUGUGACUCCCGAAAACCUUAAUAUUUCUGAUUUAAUAAUUUAUGGUAUUUCUAAGAAAACCUUGUAAAAAUCACAGCACAAAAAAUGAGUUCACAUUAAUCGCAAAUAUAAAAAAUUAUAAAGAUGUGUACGCUCAAUGUGUAUUUAACAUGUAAGGAUAUUAUUAUUUUUUACUUGAUGGUUACACCACAUGACAUUUUUAUAGGCAUUUUUAAAAAUGGUAUAAAGGUUUUAUUUUAAACCAUAAAAUGCAUUACUAAAAACGUCCACAGUUUCAUAAAGUACAUUUGAAAAGAUUUUUUCCUUUUCUUUAUAAUGGACACUCCUAUUUGUCAUUGCCAUUUGGGACAGAGCCUUUGGCUAGGGAUUGAUACAAUGCAGUCAAAGUGCCAACACUUACUAUACUGGCACAGAAUGGCACAUAAAGUGUCACUGCCCAAACAAUGCUGAUUACAAUAGCUUAGUUUACAUGCAUUACUGCCGGUUGGCUUUAUCUGAUCCCCUGAUGCACUUGAAACCAGCCCAAGCGCUCUAAUGCGAUACUACAGGGGUUUCUGGACAAAUCACAUACGGUCUGUGUUUGGCACAAAUGUAUUAAGGUAGUCUUUUGUUUAACAGAAUACAUUUGGUCAUAAAAGAGAGUUGAUAUUGAUUAUGGCUCAUGUACCUCUGUAUCCCUGGGUCCAAUCCUGAGUGUUAUUGGAAGUACAUAGAAAAGACCUCAUGGAGCAAUUAUAAUGAUAUAUGUACUGUACAAUACUCAUUUGAGUAAUUUUUUGUUAAGAUUACGGUGGUUGAUGGUUAGAAUCUAACUAAAUAAGAAUGACACAGAGUAAGACAUAUGCAACCACCAAAGUGGUAUGAGACAGAGAAAUGUGUCAUUUUCCCAUGUCUUUUUAGCUAAUGAAGACUGUAUAAACACAUCUUUUUUUAUAUUGUGUAACGUUUUAGUUAAAGCACUCUUUACCCAGAGAUAAUCACUGUAAAUACGUUCCCAUUGCACUCUUGAACUCAUGCAUAGAGCACAUAGGAUAAUCAGCUGAGAUAUUUUUAUACAUUUUUUUAAAUUCACGUUUGGAAUGACAGUACCAAACUUUUUGUAUUAUUAUAAAAAUUACCCUAGUGUCAAAGCAAUAUUUCAGAGAAGACUACUACGGCUGGUGUGUUAGCAUUCUUGUACUGUUCACUCAGUCGAAUACAACCAAAGAGCGAGAUGCUUGAAUUAUGAAUUUGGUCACUUCAGAACUGUUCGGUGUCUUGAUUUGUAACCUAUUUGGUGAGUUUCUUUCUUUUGUUGACUCAAACUAUUCUUUGCUGAUGUGCAGACAUUUUCCUUAUCAUUAUGAAAAUAAACACAAUGUAACAAAAAAGUUAAAGCAAUAGUUCACCCAAA